AUGGCUCAACAACAGUCCUUCGAUUAUUAUCAACUACCGCAGAUGCCUCAGUCAAUGAGCCCUCCCGAGCUCUCCCCGCGCUCCUUCUACGACACCCAGGCCGACUUCAGCGCUGACUCGGCCCCGUCCCGCGGCUCCCCCGUCUCCCCCGUCUUUCCCGCCUCCUUCCAGCUCCCCUCCGGUGGCGACUGGCCUACCGCCUACUUCGAGAAGCCGGACCUCGACGUCUUCUACGGCGAGGCUUUCGGCAGCCCAAUGUCCUUCCUCUCGUCCCAGAACCUCACCCUGAGCCCCCCCGCCAACCCCGCCGACCUCAUGUCCGACGCUGUCGUCUUCGGCCGCGAGGGCGUCAACGACACCCGGCCCGUCUUUCUGGACCUCGACACACCCGCCCGCCCACAAAAACAACAACAACAACCGCAGCAGCAGCAGCAGCAAGAGACCAAGUUGUCGCGUCCCGCCAGAACAACACCAUCCACGCCCCGCCCCCGGCCUCAGCAACAACAAGAACAACAACAGCCGCGAAGGCAAGCUACUCAGAGGACCUCCCCGCGCAACAACGACCUCAAGCGCAAGUCCUCCUCCGCCUCGGCCUCCUCCCGCUCGACCUCCCCGGAACCCCCCGCGCGGCGCACGCGGCACGCCGAGCCCUCGAGGAACCCGCACAACAUGAUCGAGAAGCGGUAUCGCGUCAACAUCAACGAGAAGAUCAUCGCCCUCCGCGACGCCGUCCCCUCGCUGCGCUGCGCCGUCCAGCAGGCCGAGAACCCGCAGGCCGGCGGCGGCGAGAGCGACGAGCCCCAUGACGUGGUCGAGGAGCUCGGCGGCCUCAUGCCCGCCCGCAAGCUCAACAAGGCCACUAUCCUCAGCAAGGCCACCGAGUACAUCUCCCACCUCGAGAAGAAGAACGGGCAGCUGUGGAAGGAGAACCAGGAGCUCGAGAAGAGGCUCGCCGAGGCGCAGCGCUGGCAGAGGGCGCAGGCCGAGGUCGGUCCGUUCUGUUCGUGA